AUGGGUGCUUCUGCCUUGGCAGGCACAGCCCAGUUGCCUUGCCAUGGACACCGGUGCAUAGUUAGUCAGGGUGGGACCCCCUGGGUUGCAAUCACAAGGCUUUGCUGUCCCAGUAAUGGUGCCUUCUGUCCACAGGCAGGUCCCAGCGGCGGCCCCAGGCACCGUGUGUGCAUCAUUGAUGAGAUUGGGAAGAUGGAGCUGUUCAGCCAGCCUUUCAUUCAGGCAGUCCGCCAGACGCUGUCCACACCGGGCACUGUUGUCCUUGGCACCAUCCCAGUCCCCAAAGGGAAGCCACUGGCCCUGGUGGAGGAGAUCAGGAACAGGCGUGACGUGAAGGUGUUCAGUGUCACUAAGGAGAACAGAAAUAGCCUCCUGCCGGAUAUUGUGACCUGCGUGCAGAGCAGCAGGACCUGAAGCAGCAGGCGACCAGGUCCAGCUCUGCCUGCUGGUUACUGCCUGCCCAGGUUUGCUACCUCCCUGUCGAUGGGCCUUGUGCCCUCUGUCCAAGAGAGCUGGGCAGCUGCUUUCCAUAAAAUGUUGGUGAGAUCAGAGUAGCCCAGUGCCUGCUGGGCCGUGCACAGUGAACAGUGCACUGGGUCUUAUGUAUGCUCAAGGGUUCUGUCUAUUUCCUUUUGCAGCUGUGCAUGUGAUUUGAGUAAAUUCGAAGUGAAUGUGUCAA